AUGCUCUUCUCUCAAUAAUAGGAUUACAACCCUAAAGAUGUUUACUAACCUUCUUCAAUGAGUUAUGGGGCUGGAAUCUUCAAACCUUAGAAUCAGCAACCUUAUUACAAUCAAUAGCCAAGAACUAGGGCAGAGAGAGACUAUUUAAAAGAAGUCAAUUCGUAAUAAACCGUAAUGCAAUCAAGACAAUUUGACACUCCUUAAAGGGAAGAUAUGAAAACUCUUUUACAUAGUCCAGCACCGAAUACUACUUUAUUUUAACAGGACUAAGAGAGGUUCUUAAAGGAUUUUGCUGUUCAAGAUAAAUAGCAAAGGGAAUAUUAAAAUAAAUAAAAACAGUUAUAAUAUGAAUAAAGGAGACUAGCCAAUUUAGAGAGAGAAGGCAUGAUAUGGUAGAGGAAUGAACACUAUCAAUAAAAAGAUGAAAUGAAAAGACAAUACCAUUAAGAGUAAUUUACACAAGGCAAAAGAAAUUUAAACGGAUUGGCGUACAACCCUUUGACAUUAGAGUAUGCUUAAAACGAGCAAGGUCAAGCACUAAAAAGACAAGACGAAAUGACUUAAGUGAGAUAAUUAGCUAGAGCCUAAAAUUUAGAUAAUAGAGCCAACUGUGGUUAUAAUUUACUCACAGGAGAGAAUCGCAAAGGUAUCGAUGACAUUGUGCCUGAUGAUCUUAAAGGUCAUUAUUAAAAUAAAUUAUAAGAAAGGGAUAAUCAAUUAAAUAUAAAACACUAUGCUCUUUAGUAACAAUUGUUAUCUAAGCAAUAUUGAGUUUGUUUUCAUCAUAUCAAUAUUAAGUAUAUCUAG